AAACAAACACAGCUGUUCUAUGGGUGUACACAGUCUGGCAUCCAGUAUUUCAGGAUGAGAAAGAGUUGGCACGACAGGUAGCAGAGCUCUUUUCCUAUUGUGUGCCUAGCAGGCCAAAAAGAAAUGAGACCACCAGUAACUCUCACAGGGGCGAACUUGAGAGGCAGCCUUUGGGCUAAGUGAAGUUUUGUCUGCCUGGCUCACCAAGGGACCGUGAGCUCAGCUUUCUCCACACUGAGGCUCCCAUUGCAAGCACACACAAGGUCAGAGGUGAGGCUAAGGCACGACUGCUGAGAAUUCGAUGCCAGUUGUGGCUUUAAUGUGAGGCCCUUUCUCAACAAAACAAAACAAAACAAAAACCAAAACACCCCCAAAGUAAAUAAACUAGACCAGGCCCUGAAUGACUGUCACACUCACCACCUCCCCCCCACCUUCCGCUAACAACAGAACCCUGCGCCUUUAAAUCCGGAGUGUGCCUGUGGUUUCCGCCCCCCAUGGUCCAGGGGCGUGCCUAGCGAUCAUUGGCUGAGCUGCUCAGUUUUGAGCACGUGUGCGUAGGAGUUGUGCGCUCGGAUUGGAGCGAAGGCCUGCUUAUCCAGCGUGCCUUUCGGGUCACUUACCGCCCCGGGGCCUCGGCGGCGUUCGGUUCCAGGGGUUUGGACGUUCCAUUCCUAGGCGGGUCCUGGUCCUCCAGGGUCCUACUCGCAGCGUCCUUGGGUCGAUGAACUGACGCCCGGACGCAGGUGACCAUGGCAGACUUCUCACAGAAGCAGAGGAAACAGCAUGGCGGCGAGGGCCUGGGCAGUGUGGUGGACUUCCUCUUGGCUAAUGCUCGUUUGGUGCUAGGUGUAGGUGGGGCUGCAGUGCUGGGCAUUGCCACCCUGGCUGUAAAGCGGCUCAUUGACAGGGCCACUAGCCCUCGGGAUGAGGAUGACACCAAAGGGGACAGCUGGAAGGAACUGAGCCUGCUGAGAGCCACAUCACACCAAAAGCCCCAACCCCCUCCUGCUGCCCUCAGCCAGCCCGCAGCUCCUGUGUGCCCCUCCCACUCUGCUCCAGUGGGGCCCACACCCACACAUUCUCAGACGACACCUCAGCUCAGCUCUGGAGCACCCUUAUGCCUGACGUUCCAGGAGAAGCUGCUGGCAUUUGAGCGUAACCACGUGAUUAUCCCAGAAGCCCACGUGACUUUGGUGAAACAGCUGGCUGGAGACCUUGCCUUAGAGCUGCAGGCCUACUUGAGGAGCAAAUUCCCAGAACUGCCUUUUGGUGCACUUGUGCCGGGUGGGCCUCUCUAUGACGGGCUACAAGCAGGGACCGCUGAGCAUGUGCGCCUGCUAGCACCUCUUGAGUUGGAGCCAGGGUUAUGGAGCCUGGUACCUGGCAUGGACACUGUGGCCAGAGAACCUCGAUGCUGGGCUGUACGCAGGACCCAGCUUGAGUUCCAUCCCCGUGGGUGCAGCCCAUGGGACCGCUUCCUGGUGGGGGGUUACCUUUCCUCCCGUGUCUUGCUGGAGCUGCUACGGAAGGCCCUGUCAGCCUCUGUCAACUGGCCAGCCAUUGGCAGCUUGCUUGGGUGUCUGAUCUGGCCCAAUGUGGCUUCAGAGGAGCUGCUGCUCAAAGUACAACAUGAGUGCCUGGAGUUCACUUUAGCUGUGCUCAUGGUGGUCCCUGGGGCCAGCACUGAUGACCGCCUUCUGCUGGCUUGGCCCCUAGAGGGGCUGGCCAGCAAUCUCUGGCUGCAGGAUCUAUAUCCAGUAGAAACCGCCCGUCUGCGGGCCCUGGACGACCAGGAUGCUGGUACUCGGCGGAGGUUGUUACUGCUGCUAUGUGGUGUGUGUCGAGGCCGUCCAGCUCUGGUGCGGCUGGGCUGGAGCCACCUGACUCAGGUGGUUCUACAUCUGUGUGAAGAGGAAGUGACCUGGACUGAGGAGGCCUUGGGGGACCGGUUUCUGCAAGCUCUGGAGUUUCUGGUGGGGAGCUUGGAGCAGGCUAGCCUGCCCUGUCAUUUCAACCCCAGCGUGAACCUCUUGGGUAGCCUUCGGGAAGAGGAGAUCGAUGAUAUUGGCUACGUGCUCUACAGUGGUCUCCAGGUUCCUGAGAGCUUAUUCUAGGAGAAUGAGGACUAUGAUUGACCUGUUUUCUGAUGCUGGAGAGCAGCGGCCACCUCCCUCCCAGGACACUGCAGUGUGGUUUGCUUUUUCUUAGCCAGAGUGGAGGAGGAGUGACAUUACCUAAGCCCACUGGUGGCCAUGUGCCUGGGUAAUGGUGAGAGUCUGGGUUGCUGACAUCUGAGUGUGACCAGCCUGCCCUGGCCGCUUUCAGUGCCAGCCAUACUGAUGCCCCUUAGCCCUCUGGGAUUGAUUUAGGAACUUGGGUGCAGGCCACCAUCACCAGCAAUGAGCUCACAAAGAAUGAGAUGUAGCUUUUGAUGUCCUAGGCUUCACCUAGGCAAAGGCUGGUUCCAACAUUUUGUCAAAAAAGGAAAAUGUUCUUGGGUGGGUAAUAGCUCCAGUAUCCUGAGGGACUCACAGGGAGUCAGCUGGCAUCCUGGAGGUAGCUUCUUAGCUGUUGAAGGAUGGUGGUUUCCUGACGGUGGUGCAUUUGUUCUUCUGAUUGAGUCCUCAGGCCUUGAAGCUGAAGUUGGCUCCCUUGCUGCCUGCCUUAUACCCCAGGGAAGGAAGGUCUUGUUCUCUCCUGCUUGGUUUUCUCUAUAGGCCACAAAUUACCUCUGGGAGAACCCCUUCCUCACUGGGGAGCUGAGCUCUGUGCUGCCUAUGCAAGGCUAUCCUAUAGUGGCUACUCCUAGGCCUCACUGCAGGGUAGAGGACAUGGCCCUCCCAGGGUCCUGUGUGCAGACCUGGCCUCUGCAGCGUGCCAAAAUAUUCAUGAUAGAUGUCUGUGUCCUCACCUUGCACCCUGGUCAAGGUGGCAUGGCUGGAGGAGGGAGACUAUCUCCCUGCCAGGGGAGCCUUUCUUUCUAUUUUAGGUACCACCCCCUUACACACACUGAAACAAAGCCAUGCCUUGAAGAGUGUGAAUAAAAGGAGAAAGAAUUGUA